UUUCUGGCGUGUAAUUAGUGUCAAAAAAAAAGUUUACACACUAUAUGUAAUUAUCGCACAAAAUGAUGACAAACAACAACAUCAACAACGAUAGGUGUGUCAACCCAUUUGUCCAUCGGUUCCGGUUUCGGACCAGCGAUUACAUCAGUAUAAUCAUUGGCACCGUCCUAUUGUUGCCCAUCCGUAUCAUAUUAAUACUAUCACUAUUUAUGUUGGCCUCUGUAAUGGCAAAACUAGUAAACGUAUUAUUGAAACAAAUGAAUCUCUCAGAGGACAGGGAGGAUAAGUGGAGGACUUAUCUACGGAUUCCAGUUGUCUAUACAUUCAGAGCCGUAUUUUUUUUGGCCGGAUUUUAUCGUUUUAAAAUCACUGAUAAAGGAGGUCCCGAAGCCGAAAAGGAGGCCCCAAUUAUAGUAAUAGCGCCGCACACAUCACCAUUUGAUGUGGUCUGCGGUCUGGCACUUGGCAUACCGUCAGUAGUGGCCAGACACGACUCGGUAGACAUACCACUAUUUGGAGACAUUAUAAAGAUGGCGAACCCGGUGUUUGUUGAACGGGACUCGCAAUCGUCGCGUAGCGAUGUCUACGCCAGUGUUUUACAGAAAAUCAAAUACAAUAGGAUUGUCUUUUUUCCCGAAGGUACUUGCGGUAAUCGUCGGGCACUUUGUCAAUUUAAAAGCGGUGCCUUCAAACUGGGACUACCUGUUCAGCCGAUGAUCAUGGUCUACGAUCAGGGAGCCGGUCCCGACACGUUGAGCUGGACAUGGGACGGCACACCCGUUUGGCAGUCCAUAUGGUUGACACUGUGCCGCUGGACAACUGGUUUCGAGCUCAUCAAACUGCCCGUCUAUUACCCGUCCGAUGAGGAGAAAAACGAUCCGGAUCUGUUUGCCCAUAACGUAACCGCACUGUUGUCCAAACAGUUGGAUAUGCCGUACCUGAGCUACUCGUACGACGACGUGAAAUACCUAAGCUAUAAUGUCUAUCGAAGUCCCGUUUGUCUAAAGUUUUUGAAACUUUGCGACAAAAUAGCGCAACAAAGAGCACAAAAAAAUGCCUUAAAAAUUAAUAACAAUUAUCAUACAAAUUCUGCUACAACGACAUCAUCGUCGACAACGACAACAACGAAGAAGACAACCAUCAGUAAUGGUGUCCACAAUUCUGUUACAAAUAAAAUUUAUAAAAGGCAACUACUUUUAGAUACAGUAAACGAUAUCGUCGGCGAUAUCAUUGAGAAACUAGAGUUAAACUCUGUACAAGACAUUGAUUCAAUUGACGAAAUUAUUUCAUUGUUUGGUUUAGAUAAAGAUUCCGAUAUAUGUAAAUCAAUUACACUUAAAGAUUUUUAUACCUGUCUUACAAAAACAGCACAAAAGCUAAACACAGGACACUUGGCUGUCGUUAUUAACUUAUGUGAUCUCAGAGAGAAAAAAUUUAGUCAACGAUUGGCGACGUGUUUCAAAACGCUGUCCGAUAACAAACAGAUCGAUGGCCACGGGUUUCGGUCGCUACUGUGGCUGGCAUUCGGUAUUGAUAAGAGUUUGGCCGAUAAACAGUUGGCAACUGAUAGUGAUAAUGAAGAUGACAUCAGCUAUGAUGAAUUUUUAAGACAAUUGUUUAACAAUUUUGGUGAUUGUGUUGAACAAAAUGCUAGAGUUUUGCUAAAAGAGUUGUCCGAAACUGAUUCAGUUAUUGAUUAUCAAUCGUCGUCUCAUUAAAUCAAAUUUAAAUAUAUUUUUAAAAUA